GUAGUUUAUUCAUCGAAUCAAUGAAACACUCGGUUCUCUCCGUAUUCCAAACGAAGAAAGCAACAAUGAGGAAGCAUAUUGCUCUUCUUUUCGCCUUCUCGCUCUUGUCUUCUCUCUUUGCUUUUCAGUCAGACGAGCUACUUGUGGACGACGAAGAGUUUGGAUUGGAAGGAUCGCACCCUCGCUCCCGUGAACCCUCACAUCCCCGUUCUCCACCUACUCCCGCUCCUACUACCACGGCCCGCAGGAGGUUUUCUGAUCCGGACUCCGACUCCAAGAUCCAAUUCUUCCUUGAUCAUGCUUUUGGCGGCUCUGGUUUCUCUCAUGCCGGGAAUUUCACGGCGCGGCUCAAGAUCUGGAGCCACGGUGGCCAGACUCUGACAAAGCUGCGGUUCUCAAGAAAUAAGUUCACUGAGACCGAGAAGGAGGCAUUUGAAAAACUACUGCGAGAUGAUGACUUCUAUAGGAUAAGGCUACCAUCAAAUGUCUUGAGCCCUCCUGGACGUGAUUUCACUAUUUCAUCAGUCAAAUCAAGAUGCCUUGCUCGAGAAGGUUUGGAUGAACAUUUUGUUAUACAUAUGGUAAUCCCAUACUCUCUUAGCUCUUUUUUUUGUUGA